AUGGGGAAUUUGUUCGUGAAGAAACCACAGAUCACGGAGGUUGAUCGAGCGAUUCUCUCUCUUAAAACCCAGAGACGCAAGCUCGGUCAAUAUCAGCAGCAGCUUGAGAAAGUAAUUGACGCGGAAAAGCAAGCUGCAAGAGACUUAAUCCGAGAAAAUCGAAAGGAGAGGGCUUUGUUAGCAUUGAGGAAGAAACGGACGCAAGAAGAGUUACUGAAGCAAGUAGAUCAGUGGGUCAUCAAUGUUGAACAACAAUUGGCAGAUAUUGAACUUACGAGCAAACAAAAGGCAGUGUUUGAGAGCUUAAAGCAAGGAAGCAGUGCUAUUAAAGCGAUUCAAAGCGAGGUGGACCUCGAUGAUGUUCAAAAACUUAUGGAUGAUACCGCCGAUGCUAAAGCGUAUCAAGAUGAGCUGAAUGCUAUACUGGGAGAGAAGCUUUCAGCAGAGGAUGAAGAAGAGAUAUUAGCAGAAUUUGACAACCUAGAAAGUCAGCUUAUUGUUGAUGAGUUGCCUGACGUGCGUACUGUGGAGUCCGAAGAAUCAGAGAAGUUGGAUCUUCCGGAUGUGCCAACAGAUACACCUGUCGCUUCCAAAACACCAGCUGAAUCCGCCACACAGAGAAAAGUUCUCGAAGAACCUUUGCCAGCUUGA